AUGGCGGGCGCCGCGAGAGCUCUCAACUGGAUGUACCGCAUGGCGGUGCCGGCGUCGGCGGGAGUCUUCCUCGCCAGCAACGCCAUGUUCGACGUCAAAGGUGGCACCCGCGCUGUCAUCUUCGAUCGCUACUCUGGUGUCAAGCAGGAGGUCGUGAAUGAGGGAACCCACUUCCUCGUCCCCUGGCUGCAGAAGGCCAUCGUCUUCGAUGUGCGCACCAAGCCCAGGAAUAUCGCCACUACCACCGGUAGCAAGGAUAUGCAGAUGGUCAGCUUGACUCUACGAGUGCUGCACCGGCCGAACGUCAAGGAACUUCCCAAGAUUUACCAGAACCUCGGCGCCGACUACGACGAGCGAGUUCUCCCCUCUAUUGGUAACGAAGUCCUCAAGUCCAUCGUCGCCCAGUUCGACGCCGCCGAGCUCAUCACCCAGAGAGAGGCCGUCUCUGACCGCAUCCGCGAGGAUCUGACCCGUCGAGCCGCCGAGUUCAACAUUGCCCUCGAGGACGUCUCCAUCACACACAUGACCUUCGGCCGUGAGUUCACCAAGGCCGUCGAGCAGAAGCAGAUUGCCCAGCAGGACGCUGAGCGUGCACGCUUCAUCGUCGAGCGAGCCGAGCAGGAGCGCCAAGCCAACGUCAUCCGUGCCGAGGGCGAGUCCGAGAGCGCCGAUGCCAUCAGCAAGGCCAUUGCCAAGUCUGGCGACGGUCUCAUCAUGAUCCGAAAGAUCGAGGCUAGUAGGGAGAUUGCCGCUACGUUGUCCUCCAACCCCAACGUUGCGUACCUGCCUGGAGGCAAGCAGGGUGGCCAGUACUUGUUGUCGGUGGGCAAGGCUUGA